UUGCAUUGAGAAGGAGAUUAAGGGAGCUAAAAUUAAUUUCUAAGUGUCUAAAAUGGCAGCUACCACCCCUCUUGCAUUGGCUUUACCACUUCUUUUGCUUUCAAUUUCCACACUUGUGAACUCACUCAGCCCAAACUAUUAUGACCAAAGUUGCCCGGGAGCAGAAUCGAAAAUCACCGGUGUCGUGAAGAAAGCGAUAAUGAAUGACAGAAGAGUUCCAGCAGCCCUGCUCCGCAUGCACUUCCAUGAUUGCUUUAUCAGAGGCUGUGAUGGUUCAGUGCUGUUGAAUUCAACUAGCAAGAAAAAAGCCGAGAAAGAUGGACCCCCAAACAUUUCAUUGCACGCGUUUUAUGUCAUUGAUGUUGCAAAGAAAGAAGUUGAGGCCAUGUGCCCUGGUGUUGUUUCUUGUGCCGAUAUCUUGGCUCUUGCCGCAAGGGAUGCAGUUGCUCUGUCUGGUGGUCCAAAUUGGCAAGUGCCGAAGGGAAGAAAAGAUGGAAGGAUUUCAAAGGCUAAUGAUACCAAACAGUUACCAGCUCCAACCUUUAACUUAUCACAACUGCAGCAAAGCUUUUCCCAGAGAGGUCUUUCCUUGGAUGAUUUGGUGGCACUCUCAGGAGGCCACACUCUUGGAUUUGCCCAUUGCUCAUCCUUCCAAAACAGGAUCCACAACUUCAACACCCAAACCGAUGUCGACCCUUCGUUUCAGGCGUCGUUCGCAGCCAACCUAAGGAAGGUUUGUCCGAUGCACAACAAGGUACACGCAGCCGGCACCCCAUUGGAUUCAACCACAACGACAUUCGACAACGUUUACUACAAGUCACUUCUCCAGGGGACGAGUAUUUUCUCCUCGGACCAAGCUUUGCUCUCUGUUCCAAGGACUGAGGCUUUGGUCUCCAAAUUUGCUAGCUCACAAGCAGAGUUUGAAGAUGCUUUUGUCAAGUCCAUGAUCAAGAUGAGUAGUCUAGCUGGUGGAGUAGAGGUUAGGCACAAUUGUAGAGUGGUUAAUUAGGUGAAUUUAGCCAAUGGUGUUUGUUUGUUUUAUUUUUCAAUAACUGGAUGUCCGGGCCAACUUGUGCGCAUCACGACUAAUUCCGAACCCCUGAAGUUAACGACCGGGCAAACCUCCAGUGUCCCCAACUUUUGGAAUGUUUGGCCUUUGUGUGAUUCAAACUUGCAACCUCUAAGGGGGAAGUCCUUUUUACUUGCUUUCUCAUACCCACUUGACAAAACCCCUUGAGUUGCCAAUUGUGCUAUGUUUUUGUGCCUAAUUUCUUGUCCAUUUUAUUGGUAGGAAUUUGAGCAAUAAUAAAUGGAAUUGUGUGGGCUUGUAUUAAUUU